AUGAUAUGUCUUUCUGAAAGAUAAUUAUAGAAAAUCACAAUUCAUCAACAUAGGCCCUUCAUUUAACUUCCAUUAAUAUCCAAAUCAAAUGAAACAAUUAAAUUAAGGAAUAAAGUCUCUCUUUCUCAAAGAGAUAAAAAUUAAACAACAAAUCAAUCCUUAGAAAAGGAUGCCUAUUUUCUCAAGUUGCCUAAAAUAAACCAAAAGAGUCCAGAAAAACCUGAAAACAAUACUAAAUUUAUGCAAUCACAAGUAUCAACAUAAAAGUAAAUUUUUUACUUAUUUUUGAGACUUUAACACGAUCAAUCAUUUGAUAAUUUAAAAAAAUAUAAUAAAUAAAUAAAAGAUAUUUAAUAAAGACAUAAUCGAUUUCUUAACAAAAUUGAAGAGUUGUAUAUGAUUACUAAAUAGCAAUAAUGA